AGCGAGACUCCUUACGAAGCUCACCAGACAACAACAGUACGCUUCAGACACAAGGUACUGAAGGAGACAACAAAAGGAAGGAAGGAAAAAAGAAAGGUAGGAAGAGAAAGGGAAAGGAUAAAGGAAGGAAGGAAGGAAGAAAAGGAGGAAGAGAAAAGGAAAGAAUAAAGGAAUCAUGAGCCACCAGAAAAUAUAAAAAGGAAAAUGAAGUAAACAAGGAAAAGGACAAAGGAAUAAAAAGAAGACGAUCGGGAGAAAGGACCAAGAAAAAGGAGGAAGAAGAAAAUAAGUAAAAAAAAAAGAAAAGCAACAACUAAAAGAAGGAAACAUAUAUACAAAAAAGUGGUUCCCCAAAAAUAUAUAUUGAAAAAGAAGAAAAGAAGACAGGAGAAGAAGGGAGGAGGAAAAGAAGCAGUUACUACCUCCACGUCCAAGAGGAGAGGAAGACAAGAAGAAAACGAGAGGAAAGACACAUAACAACAAAAACAACAACAACAACAUAUAAAACUUCCCUUCUUUCCCCUCCUUUCCCCACUCUUCUCCUUCCUCCUUUCACUUAUUCUCUUUCUCCUUCUCCUCCUCUUUCUUCCUCUCUUUUUUAUCCUCUCCUCUCUACUCUUCUUCUUCUCCUCUUCCUUCCUCUCUUCUUUCUUCUCCUUUUAUCUUUAUCUUCGCUUUCCUUUUUUCUUUUCUUUUUCCAUUUUCACAUCACGAACUAUUUUUCCCAAACACCACCACCACCACCACCGACAACAACAACAACAACAACAACAACAACAUGGCGUCAGGAGGGGUGCAGACGCCGAGGUUUGGAGCCGAGAUCACCGAGGCGUGGCUACAGUACAUGUUGACCUGUUACGAGAGGCGCCGUGACCCCCAGGCUGAGGUCAAGGUCAUUAACCACAGCGUCAGAGCAGGUACGAAGCCGGGGGAGAACGUUGCCUCAGAGCUGCUCAAAAUUUGGGUGGAGGUGGAGCUGACAGGGAGGAUUAGGGACGAAAAGGAGGAGGAUAAAGAGACAGGAAAGGAGAGGAAGAACCAAGAGAGCAAAAACAAGGAGGAGAAAACGCAGGAAAAUAACUCCAUAUCAGACACCAACAACCACACCACCACAACCACAACCACUGCCUCCUCCCCCACCACCACCUCAACCAAGGAAUACAAUCUGGUUGCCAAAUUUAACAAAGGUAGUGAGUUUGACCAAGAGUAUGCCAAGUAUAUCAACAUGGACCUGAACGAGCUGCUCAUCUACUCGGACGUAAUGACACACCUGAACGCUUGGCAGGAACAGGUGUUGAGAGAGAAAGGGGAGGAGGGAGAGGCGCUCGACAGGUAUAAAGUUCUUGUACCUGAAUUCGUGUACGGCGUCUGCACCUACAACGAAUACGUGGUGGUGAUGCAGGAUGUUAGUGUAUUGGGGUACACCACACAGGACAAGAUGGAGGGGCUGGAUCUUCCACACGUGCUCAUGGCGACUGACCGUGUGGCACGUCUGCACGCCCUUUCCCACGCCUUCCACAAGACCAACAACUUCCUGAGCCACUACCCUUCAUUCCUGCCGGAUGAGAGGCUGUUUAAUUUCUUCACUGGCUUCAUGUUCGUGAUGAUUGACUUCGUGGUGCAGAUGGCCAGCCAACGCCCCGAGUUUGCCCCCAUCGUUGAAAAGUUCAGAGACAACCAGGAGAAUAUCAAGGCAAGGAUGCUGGAGGCUAUGAAGAAGGACAACCCCAAGAACCCCGUCCUGUGUCUCGUGCAUGCGGAUUACUGGACUAACAACCUCAUGUUCAGUCACGAGACAACCAGCACCAGCGUGAAGGCUAAGACACCGCAGGACCUUAUGCUUAUCGACUGGGGUCUUGUACGCUGGGGGAACCCAAUCUUCGACCUUCACCAACUGGUCUUCAACUGCACUACUCGCUCCCUGCGUCAACAACACCUGCAGGAAGUCCUCCAGAGGUACCACAGCACCUUCACGGCCGCCACCACCGCCCUGGGAGCACCUGUGGUGGGCUACGACUUCACGGAGUUCUUGAAGGAGUGGCGCCGCACGUCUGUAGUCGGGUAUAUGCAGGCCGGGCUGUUCGCCAACACCAUCGUACUGUCACGCAAGGCUCCGGAGUGCUUCAAGAAAGGUUCCCCCAACUCAGGGUUGAAGGCCGUGGCGCUGAGGAUGCUGGGUAAGGUCAUGGUGCCCCUAGUCCUCAACGGCUGGUUCAGGGAGUCCAUCUUGAACAGCACCAAGAAGAACUUCCAGCCGCUGCUCGACGAGUUGUUGAGCGGCGAGAACCAUGUGAUGACCUCCCGCCUGCUGGACACACUGGAGGAGGCGUACCAGGCGGGCGUGCUGGACGGGUAGUGUGUGGUGGCGCUGCUGGUGAAGAGGGUUGGGUGAGGUGUUGGUGCAAAGCCAUAGAACUUCAACUUGAUCACAGGCACCAUGUUGUUAGUUACCAAAGAUCCGCGCGAAACUCACAUUGAUGCUGAUACACUAUAAAAAAAAAUUAGUAGAUGUCACGCUAACUGCAAUUUGAUGGUGAAUUGAUGUUUUUUUCGUGCUCAAGAUCUCGAAGAAGUACCCAGACCACACAGAAUCCCCCCCUAGCCCCCCCCCCCCCACACACACACAUUUUAGUCGGUGUCACGAAACCUGGCGGGGAUAAUCCUUCAGGGAGGGACUCGCGGACAUGGUAUCAUUGCUUGGGUGAUGGUACUACAUGAGUUGAAGUUGAAUUGAAGUUGAAUUGAAGAGUUGAAGCACGAGAACAUUGACGCUGAAUGAACAGAAAAUGCGGGAGCCGUUGCAAAGACAUAUCCCGGGACCACAACUGAUCUGAUCUGAUGGCCAUUAGCUAAUUCUUAACUUAUUCUAACGUGCAUGGAAUUUGCCGCAGGUUAGAUCUAGUAAACAAAGAGAGGCGCAGAGAUCAUCACUCAAGCACAGAUGCCAAGUCCGCGUGUCCCUCCCUAAGGUUAUUAUAUCCCCGCCAGGUUUAGUGACACCGACUGACCUAUAGUGUUUUUUUUUUUUUUUUGUGUGUGUGUGUGUGUGUGUGUGAGUGUGUGUGUGUGAGUGUGUGUGCUCUGAGUACUUCUUCGAGAUCUUGAGCACGAAAAAAACAUCAAUUCACCAUCAAACUACAUAUCGCGCGGCUCUUUCUGUAACAUCAUGGCGCCAAACACUGCUACUCUAUGGUUCCGGUGAGGUGGAGAAGGCUGACGAGAAGGAGGUCUGAUGUAGAGGCGAUGUGGAUGGUAGUGGCACGUGCAAAGUCUUGUGGUAGGGGAGGUAUACGUGGUAGAUGUGAUGUGGUAGGGAAGUUGAUGUGGGGUGUGGAGUGGUAGUCGAGAGGAGGUGGUAUGUUGAAUGAGUAAUGUGGUGGUAUUGAUGUAAUGUAGUGAAACAGGCGUGCCAGGAAGGUAUGUUGAAUGAGUGAUGUGAGAUGAUGUAGUGGUUGCAAGUGGUGGUGUUGGAGGAGGGAUGAGGAGGGGUGCUGGUAUGGUGAUAUGGUGUGGUGCGCUGGGGAGGGAGUGAGAGGCGAUGGCGAUGGUGAUGAUGAUAUAGUGAGGUGGUGAUGUUGGUGUUACUAAUAUGGUGGAGUUAUGUGAUGGUCGAGUAAUGGUGAUGUGAUGAUGUGGGGUGGUGAUAUAUGAUGUGACUGUUACGUAGUGGUGAUGUUUCAAUGUGAUGGUGAUGGUGAUGGGAAGGGAGGAAGAAAUAGAGCAGCGAGUAGCGGGCUUUUUUUUUUAUUAAUGUUUACUUUUUUGUGCCCUUGAGCUGUCUCCUUUGCUGUAAAAAAAAAAAAAAAAAAAAAAAAAGAUGGAAAUGGUGAUGAUUCUAAGAAGUGAUAUGGUUUUUCCUCCUCCUCCUCCUCCUCCUCCUCCUCCUCCUCCUUGUCAUAUUUCUUGUGGUCUCCUUCACCUUCUUUCUGUAUUUCGUUUUACUUUUCUUAAACUUCAUAUUUUUCACCAAGUUUAUUUUUCAUUUUUUAUUCCUUCCAUUCUUCGUUUUCCUUUUUCUCAUUCUGUUAUUUCUUCUGUUUAUCCUAUGCCGCCUCCUCAUCCUCAUCCUCAUCCUCCUCCUCCUCCUCCGUCUCCUCUUCCUGCUCUUCUUACUCUUCCUCAUAUUCUUUAUUUUCUUUCUCUUUUUCUCAACUUCGCCAAUACUUCAUAUGUUUUCUUCUACGUUAUUCCUAUUCGUCCUUCUCUGUUAUCCUAUUUCUCACUGUUUCCUCCUCCUCCUCCUCCUCCUCCUCCUUUCAUUUUAAGUCAGAACAAUAGAUUAUUUAGUAAUUAUAUUUGUUUUCGUUUUACUCAAUAAACUUAACUCGUUGUAA